AUGGUGAAGAGUGGUCUAGACAGUAUCCUCAGUAAUCAAAAGUUGGAUGGGAUUUUCUGUGUUGCUGGUGGAUGGGUUGGAGGAAGCCUUACACAUCCGGACUUUUUGGAAAACUGUGAUGUUAUGUGGAAGAAAUGCGUAUGGUCAUCAUCCAUUGCUGCAUCGUUAGCUUCAGCCUACCUUUCAACUAGUGGUCUACUAGUGCUUACUGGAGCAGAUGCAGCUCUAAGAGGCACUCCAAGUAUGUUGGGAUAUGGGAUGGCUAAAGCUGCUGUACAUCAGCUGACUAGAAGUCUAACGGACCAGAAGAGUGGACUUCCAGAUAAUGCUUGUGCACUGGCUAUCUCUCCAGUUAUCUUGGACACUCCUAUGAACAGGAAAUGGAUGCCCAAAGCAGAUCAUUCAACCUGGACACCUAUCGAUAAAGUGAUACAAUUAUUCAGUGAUUGGCUGGAAGAAGUUGACAAUCGUCCUCAAUCUGGAAGUAUACUUCAGUUAAUCACCAAAGAUAAUGAAACAGAAUGUGUUCCAAUUUGAUUUUUCGUCAAAGAAGAAGUCGUACUACUUUAUUUUUUGAACUAUGGAAUGUGGUUAAUUCUACUUUUCGAUUAGUAUAUUUUUCUAAGUAUCUACUCAUCUAUCUAUGUGGUUGAUUUAUC